AACAUCUUCUCUGCCUCAAAUCUGAAUUUGGCGUCAACAUCAUAAACCCCAAAAACCCAAAGCCGAAAAGCGUCUAUAGACUCCAUACAGGGAAAGAGAGAUGGGGAAAGCAGAGAACGAGCGAUUGAAUCAAACGCUUAAUUCUCACUUCAACAUCAUUCACGAAACCUUGCAGUUGUUGGGUCAGACACCAUCUUCAUCUCUUGAUAAAGUGGGUUGGGAGGAAGUAGUGAAAAUGGGUGACCAAGUUUCCAAGCAAGCUACUUUUGUUGGAAUGCUUUGGACUGGGGAAAAACCAGAAGCGAAAGCCAUUGAGGAGAACAUGGCAACAUACUUCAAUACACUGCAGGGUUUCCUUUUGCUUUCUCAUGGAAGUACACUGGGUGCAGGACCUACUCUUUCUUCUUGCAUCCAUGCAUCUGUGAAGCAAGUUGUUGAUUGCAGCUUUAAGUUGAUGAUGGAAACUGUAUCUUCAUACGGGUCUCGCGACAAGGACUUAAAACUUGUAGUCCCCCAGUUGGUUGGUGCAGUAUGGGAAGCAUGUUCUGCUCUUAAGAAGACUCCAGCCUCAAAUAUCACAGCAAUUGGACGAGCAAUGACACAAGUUGCUGUUUCAGUGAAGGAUGUUAUUCGUGAGAUGAAAGAACUCAAGCCAGCUUCAUUCAAUCUGAGAGACAAAGCUUCUGAUGGUACUUCUCCUGAAGCAGAAAGCAUGCUCCAUGAUGAUAAUUCAAGUGAUGAUGAACUAGGUAAUGACUUGUCAGCUGAAGAGAUGAAAGUUGCUCAAUCAGCAGUUCUGGUUGUGUCUGAGACGGUUCUAGUCAUAAAGGAACUUAUCCGUACAAUCACAGGUUUACUUAGGCAGGAAAAACCUGAUGAUAAUGGGAGUUUUGUGGAUUCUUUGGAGAAGUUAUUGAAGUUAUGUCAAGAAAUUGGAGCACAGAUUGAUGAGCUUGGAGCUUGUCUUUAUCCUCCACAAGAAGUUCCCGCUAUAAGAGCUGCCUUGGAGAAAAUAUCAAGCAUUAUCAAUGAAGUACUGGCGUUGGUAGAAAGUUUCGUAAGCUUUUCACAAACCUUUUCACAGGCAUGCAGUGGAUUGAGGAAUUCAAUAAAACAAAUGGAAUUUGAACUAGACAACUCCUAUACCGCAGAUAUAGAUGCCAGAUUGCUGAAUGUUGUUGUCAAGGAUUAGUAAGUGGCUAAAUGAAUACACUGGAGACCAAAUCAAACGAAUAACGUGUUAUUAUUCUAUUAAUAAAUUUUUACCUUGGUAAUUUCAAA